AAAACACACAAUAAUUUUGCUACCCCCCACCUCCAGCCCCUCCCAUCACGCUCCCUGGAAUCGUGGGAUAGUUUACGGUCUCGGCUCCAGUGCAGAUAAGUUUCAGCAGCAGAGAGGAGAGCGUUUGCAGGCUGGACAAACAUCUCCGCUCCAGAUUCAGAUCAAGAUGGAAAACUUCAGUUAGGCAGCGAAGAACUACGGGCGACGACGGAAUCGGCAGAAGUCCAGAGACCUGGAACCAGAAUGGGCCUCCAGUUCAUCUGCUCCACUCUUUCGAUCUUGCCCCCCUUGCUGCUGUGGCUUGGGAGGUCUUCUUCAGUCCUGGGUCAGGGCCUGAGGGAGGGGGAUGCUCUGUGCGAUGCAGACGGCUGCUUUGUGGUCCACUUUGACCAGAAAAUCUUCCUAGACUCGUGGAGGAGCUGCAAGUACAAAGGUGGUGAUCUAGCAACGAUCAAACACAGGAAGGACGCAGAAGCCAUCUCCAAGCUCUUCUCCACUCUGGACCUGCGGCAGCCUCGCUCCAAAGUCGAGGUGUGGAUCGGUCUGCAGCGUCAGCCUCGCCAGUGCUCUGCCACCCAUCCUCUGAGGGGUUUUUCCUGGACGACCGGAGACCGGGACACAGCGUACACCAACUGGCACAGCAAGGAUUCUGCUGGAAUGUGUUCAGUCCCUCGCUGCGUUGCCAUGGGCUACAGCACUCAGGAGCAGGGUGAUAACUUCAAGUGGCUGGUUGGUCCCUGCUCUAAUCAAGUGGACGGAUAUCUGUGUCGGUAUUCCUACAAAGGAAUGUGUGGUGCCUUGUGGAGCGAGGGAGCGGGGGGCGCCCUCUACACCACACCGUUCGACUUGGUGAGCUCUCUCCUGACUCACGUGCCACCUGGGUCGGUUGCUAACCUGCCCUGCCCAGCAGACGACCAGCUGGUCCUGUGCAUGGUGAUGGAGGACGGCUCAGUGGGGUGGUCUCGUCAACCUCCUCUUUGCUCUGGCCCCUCUGUGUCACACAGCUCAUGUGCCCAGGACAACGGUGGAUGUGAACACUUCUGCAGGACAGUCGGCGGUCUUCCGUCCUGCGAAUGUGCUGAAGGCUACCAUCUGAGAACCGACGGGCAGACCUGUGAGCCCCCCGGCGCUUGCCUCGGGUACCCCUGCGAGUUUGAGUGCCUCCCGCUUCUUGGUGGCUACCGCUGCGCCUGUCCUGAUGGGUACAUGCUGGCACCCGACGGACACGCAUGUUUAGAUGUGGACGAAUGUCUUCUGGAUUCCUGCGAGCAGCUCUGUAAGAACGCUCCAGGAACAUUCGAGUGCCAGUGUCGUGACGGCUACCUUCCAGACGGCAGGGGGAGGUGUGAGGACAUAGAUGAGUGCAAAAGCUCUCCAUGUGAACAGUCCUGUGAGAACACUGAAGGGUCUUAUAGCUGCCACUGCCACCUGGGCUUCUCCUCAGACUCUGAUGAGCCCAGCCUCUGCCAAGAUGUUGACGAGUGUCAGAUCGUUGGGAUCUGCGAGCAGAUGUGUGUGAACUACGAGGGUGGCUUUGAGUGCUACUGUGAGGAAGGCUACGAGCUCAUGUCUGAUCACUUCAGCUGUCAGAAGGUGGGAGACAGCGCGCCAUCCCUCCUCCCGCCCUUUCCUUGGGUCACUCGUCCGCCCGGACCUGCGUGGGCUGCGGGGGGCUACAUCAGCAUCCCAGAUUGGACCGUAGAAGAGGACUGGCUCACAGAAACCCCAGGAGGUCCGGAUCCUGGUGUGAUCUGGGUCACCAGAGCCCCUCAGGAUGAGAGGCAUUUGCAUAAAUCAGCUCAGACCCCUCUGACCCAUGAGACCCAGAAGGCUGAAGAUGACUUGAGGAAGUGGGGCAUCAGAUCUCAGUCAGAAGUUCAGCUACCCACCACCCCGGACCCGGUUUUAUCCACAACCGAGUCCUGGACCACAUCAGACUGGAACAAAGAGGAGGAGGAGGCUACCACCCCUUUUCCUCUGGGUUCCUCAUCUACAGUCUCUGGGGGGGCUUGGAACGGGUGGUCCAGGCCGGUCACUUCUCCUCAGCGUUCAGAAGAUUCUGGAAUCACCCACAACAACGCUCCUACAGAGGCAGACCUGCGGAGACAAGCUGGAGAAAAGCAUCUGCAGAGCGACUUCCCACAGGAGGGGUCUGACAAGAAGAACGUUUCCGUGGAGACGACUCCCACCCCUGCUGUCCCCACCCAGCCUGCCUCCUCCCCUCAGCCCCCUGUAGGACGGAGUCGGGGACCUGGAGAAAACCUGGAUCCUGUCCAGACUGAUCAGGAGCAGGAUCACAGCAGCUUGGGGCUCCUGUUGGGCCUGCUGGUGCCCACCUGCAUCUUCCUAGUGGUGAUGGUGGCUCUGGGUGUCGUCUACUGCACCCGUGGUGCCGCUCAGCCCAGAAACCAGACCAUCAGUGAGUGCUACCACUGGAUCUCUGGAGCUCACCAUAAACAGGGCGGUUCUGACCCAUCAGCAGGGGUCAAGUCUGUUUGAACCAUAGUUACCCUGACCUGAAGGUUCAGCAGGACAAAACUGGAGAUGGUGGCGUGACUCUCUGAGCGUAGGACACAGAGAAGCGAUCUGAGUCUGAGGAGCACACGCUCACUAACAGAUGUUUUGCUACUCCCUUCAGCUUCUCACACACGGUAUCUCCAUUAGAAACCUGGAAUUAAGUGUUGUAUUCCUCCUGAGGGGAAGGACCUGCACUAACAGCUCUGUUGUUCUGGAUAAACGUGUCACGGGAAGUUAUCAGGCUUAUUUACACGGUUUCAGAUGUUCAGUCAGACUCUAAAUGUAAACUAUUCACUCAUAAAUGGACGUGCUGAGCAAACAUCUACUCGUACCAUUAUAGCUGCUCCUGUAGUGGCUAAAAGCAGCAGCUGCUGUUUGUCUUCCAGCUGUAAUAAAUCAGAAGGUGUGUCUGGUCCAGAGCCCGUCUCCGAUGAAGUGUGUGUGAUGUUACGUUUGCCGCUGUUCAUCUCCAGCUCUGCUUUCAGGCCUCCUUUUGUUUUUCUCUGCAGUAAAAUUUUAUGGUUGGAAUAAAACACUCUCCUGGUUCA